GGUGUAAUUCAGGGGGAUCAUUUCUUAGUAGAUAUUUUUGUAUUUGUUAUGAAGUGUAUUUUAGUGGAACAAGAAAUGUUCACAUAAUACAGGAAUGUAACAAAGUCAGCGACAUGGGAACCAAUCAGGAGUCUGCAUUCAGGGUAUUGUAAAAAAUCUUGGAGCCGGUGAUUACUUGCAUAGCUCAGUAGAAUGGAUGACAAGAGGCGGAGAGCUCGUGUGCAAGGGGCGUGGGCAGGAAAAGCGAAAGUCACUGCUCACAUAGGACCUACAGUUUUUGUAAACACAGGAAAACCCCUGGGCUGGGGACAUGACCAUGUUAUUCCAGACAAACAGUUUGUAUAUAAAGAGCCAACCGAGGUUGUACGGAAGAUCCCGGACCCCCGUGUCAUUGAUAAGCCCGGUACAUAUGAAAUCAGCACAUCGGCUUCUGGAGUGUCCAGGCUAAGGCUUUUCCCCUCAUUUAUUGAGCCCAAAGAGGGAGAAUGGAUGUUUGAACAGUUAUAUCGGGAAAUCCCAUGGAGGCAGAAAUCCAAUGUGGGGCCAGAUGGACCUUAUCAGGAGCCGCGGCUCACCUGUUGGUACGGAGAGGUGCCGUAUACCUACUCAAGCUCUACAAUGCAGGCCAAUCCUCAUUGGCAUCCUCUGCUCACCAUGCUGAAGGACCGCAUUGAGGAAGUGACCGCCUACAGCUUCAACUCCCUGCUCUGCAACCUCUAUAGACAUGACAAGGACAGCAUAGACUGGCACAGCGACAAUGAACCGGAUCUCGGCAAGAAUCCUAUCAUUGCCUCGUUGAGCUUUGGAGAGACCCGGGUGUUCCAGAUGAGGAAGAAACCCCCUCCGGAGGAGCAAGGAGAUUACACAUAUGUGGAACGUGUACAUGUCCCGCUGGAUGGCGGCACCCUUCUGAUUAUGGAAGGAGCGACACAGUCAGACUGGCAGCACCGCGUGCCAAAAGAAUACCAUGACCGGCGACCUCGCAUCAACCUGACCUUCCGCACCAUGUUCCCGGUGACUAAAACCUGAACAUGAGAGUCUGGAAACUCCGCCCGCAUGGAGGAGGGUCUGCGGAAUGAUGGGAGAUCCUCUACGCCGCUGCCGUAAGACACCGCGACGGGGGCUCCCGACACAAACUUUUGUUUUUUCGUUUUUGCAUAGUUCAGUCGAUUGGAAAUGUUCGUUCGUUAUAAAUGAAGAUCAGAAGAAUUUGUAAAUUAAAAUGUAAUUUAAAAAGAUGACGCACAAUGACGGCGUAUGUCACUAGCAGAAAAGUGGAACUAAACCGCAGUAUGGACGCCUCCCCCUUCCCUCCUCUGUGUUUUUUAGUUUCACUUCUUUGUGCUUGUGUUUCAGAGUUAUGGAUCGGUCAUCUGUUUUCUCUGAUUGGACAAUUAAUUAAAAAUGUCUGAUUGGUUCUUC